CACAGCCACAAAGUCAUAAACCCCGCCCAUUUCUACAAUUUAUCUUAUUAAAAUCUAAUUUGAAACUUAACUCUUACCACACUGCUAACCUUAUGCCUAGACCUAAAUUUAAUUCCAAAAACCAUAUUUGUAUUUUCAUAAUUUUUUUACGAUAUAGACAAUUCUGACUUUGUAGCUGUGUUAUCUAGUGGAAACCGAAGUGGGGCUGUUGAGAAGCCAUCAAAGUACAAGGACGAUACCGUUACAUAGCUGGCAAGAGGCUGCUCUGUCACCGGUUGAAGAAGUGUUCUCCAGGAAUCCUAAUUUACAUUUGAUACACCCCUUUCUCUGCAACAGCUAAGCCAAGACUGUGCCUUGUUAGCUACCAUACUAAAAUGGUGAAGAUAUUUGUUGGAAACGUGAACUCCUCAACCACAGAACCAGAACUGCGUACUCUAUUUGAGAAAUACGGUCAGGUAUCGGACUGUGACAUUCUGAAAAACUAUGGCUUUGUGCACAUGAAUGAGGAGAAGGAUGCCCAGAAGGCAGUGGCAGAACUCCAUAAGCAUGAGCUCAAUGGGGCGCCCAUCACUGUGGAGUUUGCCACUACGAAGGUCCGCAAUGCCACCAAGAUCUACGUAGGGAAUGUCCCUGAGGGGACCACAGGUGCUAAGAUAAGAGAGCUCUUCCAGCCGUUUGGUAAGGUGGUUGAGUGUGACAUUGUGAAGAACUUUGCCUUUGUGCACAUGCAGAGAGAAAAUGAGGCCCAUGAGGCCAUUUCCAAGUUAAACCACUCUAAACUGGAGGGCCAAAAGAUCUUUGUAUCCAUCUCCCGCAACAAUCAAGCCAGAAAUGGCAGAGGGGAUGACUACCCUCCCCCACCUCACCACUAUCAACCUCACCCACACCACACUCCUCACUACCUCUCCCCUCGAGCUCCACACGGUGACUACUACCCACCUCGUGGUCGCUUUCCUCCUCCCCUUCCCCCACCCCCUCCUAGGGCCUACUACGAGUGUGACCUAUAUGAGAGGCUUGUCCGCCAUGACCCAUACUCUUCCUCUUCACGUUACUAUGAGCAGGAUCCUUAUGAGCGACGGCUUCCCCCACUCCCUCAGCGGCCACUUUCUCCCCGUUAUUACCGGGAGCGCAGCCCCCUGGCUAGCCGCUGCACUAUGUUGUCUCCACCCCCACCUUCCUCUGCCAGCUAUGCACGCAGCUAUGCCCGAAGUCGUGCCGGGCGAGAUUUUGUUGGUGGCAGCUCUAUGCACCCUCCUUCCUCUAUGCGCUAUGCUCUGGGCUCAGGCUUUGAUAAGGAUGAUUACUUUGAGGAGAAGUACUCCAAUGGUUUUGGUAGGGGCUACUAAGGGCACUUUUUGAAAUUGAAUUUAGGGGAAGAUGUGUAUGAGUGUGUUAGCAAUGAGUGCAUCGUUUUUUUUAAGCUGGGCGCAAUUGUAUAUUAUAUAGGAAAACGGGUAAUAGGAACAAUACUGUUCAUUCAUAAAGCUUACUUAUCAAAGUCAAACAGCACACUUAAUUGAUUUUGACUCGUUUUUGUUUAUCAUGAAUAAUCGCCAGACAUAUCAGCAGUCUGAAUGCAUUUAUAUUAGUGUUUCAUUGUUGCCAGAUUUUUAGACUUGAGGUGGUAGGCUAGUGUCUCUGAAUGUCUGUUAAUAUUAAUAUCAUUUUUUGAAGGAGUUUAGGAUUUUUUGAAUUAGUAUAGGAAUUGUGUUUUGUGUAGUAGGCCCUACAUAGGGGUCCCCAAUUACAUUCAGCCGUGGGCUGAUUUUUCCUUGAGCGGAUGGUCGGAGGGCCGGAACAUAGUUAUAAAUAAUUUGUACACUGCAAAUUGACCGCAAGAAUCCAAAACAGAGAUAAUAUUUGACAAAAACAGAAUAAUUUCAAACCUUGAUUACAUUGGGAUAUGAUCACAUAUACCACUUUAAGCGUAGGAAUACUUGGGAACAUAUUUCCUAAAUCGGCAAAUAAAAUCAGGCCGAAUUUGGUCUGCGGGCCACAUAUUGGGGAAUCCAGCCCUACAUUGAGUGGAUGGGACUGACUAAAACUAUUUAUGUUUUUUUUUUGACAGUUUGAAGGGAAAUUGAGAUGUAUUAAUCAGUGGUAAGUUAUUUAUAUCAUACUUGUGUAUCACAUUUAUUUUGCUUUCAAGUCCUGAUACACUUUUAUCUAAGACUUUUUUUUUUUUCUUUUCUUCCUGAGGAUUUCAAAGUUUUGUGAGUCCCCUAAAAAUAACCCCUCUCACUCAGGUUUUUGUCAUUCACCCCAAUUCAAAGGUUGAGGUGUUUGUUGUGUGCAAACUGGCUGACUGACUAACCAAGCACACUGCAACAGCUGACCAAGCUCAUCUCAUCUGAAGGCCUUGCCACGUUCGACGCAGCAUCAUAGGAUAAAGCAUCGUCUCCGAAACGAAACCCGAUACGACCGAUUCAUCGACUUGACCGACUAAAUAAAAAGAUAACCACCGAAAAAUCGUUGCACCGCCGGAGUCACACAGCCUGUAUAUCUAUUUCACAAUAUGCAUAUGAACUAAUCACUCGCUGUCCAUAGAGCUACAAGUCCUUUUUGUUUUUGUAUAACAUGGAUGUAAUCCAAGAUAAAAUAAUUGAGAAAUCUACGCCUAUAGGCUUUCAUGAUUGUGCACUCCUCAGCAUUUUGCUUAUGUUAAAAUGCUGUUAAUUCUGUAAUACAUCAAGCCGGAACAAACCGUGAGCUAUUUUGAAUGACUAUUUAUUAUUUCUAUGUCUUCCCGAAUUAAUCAUUACGGUUGUUUAAACGUUGGACAAAUUUUACUUGUUUUUAUUAGAAGAAAUACAUGAACAAAUGUCUUGAUCAGCCGCUGUUGUCAUUUAGCCGCUUAAAUAAAUGUUCGACCUCUGAUCCCGUCGAUUUUUCAUUUCAUUUAUUUUUUAGUUGACUAUAUCUUUACGAAUUGAUAGUGGAAUAAUUAUUGCUCAAAUACGUGAUUGACAGUUACAAAGUGUUUAAUCGAAUUGGUUUGUGUCCUUCUACAACCAAAUAUGACUUGAAGGGGGGAAAAAGCAUCCUCACUGGUGGUCAAGCGAGUAGCUCAGAACAAUGUCAAUGGUGUUGAGGUGUUUGGAGGUCAAACGUCAGUGGAAGGUAAGGUGUCUGGUGUAUACAGGAUCUUUCAUAUAUCCUACCUCCACAAACAACCCCCCACAUGGGGCUAAACUGUGACUAAACUCACUUUUGUGUAAGACCUGACACGGCUUUUCCCUUUUGUUUAGUCACUUCCUUUCUCCAAAUAGAGGACUAGGACAUGGCAUACUGUAACCCUUACCUGCUGCUAUUUCAUUUAUCUUGUACAUAAGUUAUUCUAUGGAAGGUUUCAUCCAUCGGAAAAAGGUAAGUGAAAAGUUGUGUAAUGAGCUUGACAGGAAAACUGAAGGGACUGAAAUUUAAGGUAAGGAUGCACAGGGCCUUCAGCAUGGUUUCUGAUAAUGUUUUAGUAUUUAUUGCUUUUGAUGGUGUGCAACAUUGCAACCUCUCCAUGGUGCACUUCCCCAGUCUAAUCCAUGGUCCCACAAUGGUGCACAUUUUCAGUUAUGUCAACAAUCAAGUCUGAAAUGUCCCAUUUCUCUGUCCUUGCUGAUCUGGUCUUGAAGGACUUGAUAUAUAUGUGAGGAUGAGGACAAAGGACAUUGGAAAGUAAUUAGGAUUCGGCCCAUGUGAUCCCUUUUCAGGCACAUAGAUUAGAAUCAGAUACUGUCCUCUUUCACCCCUUUUUCCUCUUCCAUUCUGUCUAAAGCGUUUCAAAGUGUACGAUACCUUAUGGUAUAUUUAAGGGUUUGUGAGUAUUUAAGCAUAACGAUUAGUCUUUAAUUUUUAAUUAAGGGAAUUUUAACAGCUGCCAUUUUGAAGACUUAUUUUACUGUCAUCGGCUGUACAAUAAAUUAUAUUGAUUUCCAAUGCUGGGCAUGACUUGUCUUUAUCGUGUGUGUCUGUGUGUUAAGAUGGAACACCUAUAUAGCAUAUCAGUAUGGUGCAUUACCUGAAUAUUUAAAGGACCGUUUUGAAUUUCUGAUAUCUGAUGGAAGGAUCUGGGUAGUAAAAGUAAAAGCCUAUCCAGGAGAUAAGCAAAGGAAACAAUUUAAUCAUAAAAUGUGGCUACUCGAUCAUCUGCAAUAAAGUGAAAUAACUCAUUCAUU